GAGUUGAGAAACCGCGACGCAAUGCCAACGAUAACGCAGCCGGAGGCUGAUGGAAAAGAUUACUUCGCGACGCCUCGGGGAAGAACGCCUCACCUCCGACGACAAAGCAUGUCCCUCACCGCCGUGAUCAACCAGAGGAGGGGCCUCCUCGGAGCGCUGAUUUCAGGGAUAGGUAGCAACAUGUCCCUGCCGUCCUGCAUGCCGCAGGAUCAAGAAUUCUUGACGGGCCAGCCGCCUGCGUCGAAAACACAAACGCUGAUGCUGAACAACCAGAACCAGCUGGAGAAGAACGACAUCGAUCCGCAGAAGCAACGACCGAAUUUCUUGCCUUUGUCUCCCGUUAACUCUGCCUGUGUACCCAUGAAUGUUCUGGAAGCUACGAAAGUUAAACAGCAGAUCAUGGAGCAGCGAUCGAAGCCGAUGGAAAAGCGAAAAUGCCACUCGGAAAUGGUAUCGAUCAUGAGCACUCUUUACGCGAAUUUGUUGAUCGUCGUUGGGAUCGCGGUGCCAGUCACAGCGAGCGUGACGGAAAGAGUGCCGCCUGUCAUGAACCAGGGAUUUUACUUGUACCUGUAUUUGGUCAGCGUCGCUUUCGUGAUCGCGAUGUACAUCAUAGUGUUGAGGGACAAAGCCGUAAGGAACUUGACGCAGAAGAAGGAGAAGAAGCAGCAGACCUUCGCGUUCAACGAGAAAGGGGAACGCGAGUUUAGUCAAACGCAACAGUACGGCAGCUUUUGUCUGAGGCUCGGCGCGGUGGGAUUUGGCGCCGGCUCGCUGGUAUUUACGGGAUUGCAAAUUGGGGCGGAAAUAGCUUCCGGCCCGUUCAGGGCGAUUACACCGGGUGCCAGGCUGCUGUUGGUCACGGCCCAGAUGCACUUCAUAUUUCUAAACAGCAAGAGUCUUAAGCUCUCCGAGUACACCGCCCUCGCGAAAUUAGGCCUGAUGCACAUGAUCGCCACUAAUCUCUGCGAAUGGCUGCAGGCGCUCGUGGAGGAGACGCGGCACGAGAUCGAACAGCUCGGCCAUACGCACGACGGCGAGGACGGUAUCCUGAAGUCUUUGCUGCGAGACGCCAGCCCGUUCCUUUUCCCGUGCACAAUUGAAUUCAGUUUAAUUUGCGCGGUGAUACUAUUCGAGAUGUGGAAGAGGGCGGACGAGAAGAUCGACGCGAAAGGCGAGAGCUCGACGAGGUCUUCCUAUCACCUUAGCAUAGACUGCAGCAGCUCUCACAGGGGCCUGUUCGGCGGGAUACUGAUCGUCGCCGCCACGAUAUUGAGCCUCAUCAUGUUCUUCGUCCUGAAGGAGGCCAAAAUGAAAAUAGCGAUCGUGCAGGUCACUGCGCUGGACGCGACAAUAUUAGCGUUAGGUAUGCUGGCCUCGAUCGCCGGAACUUUGAAGCUGCAGGCGCUUCAGCAAAAAAUAAUCAAACCGUCGGACCUGGACACCACGUUAUUGGCAGCGGCGCAGGCCGGCGUCUAUCUCCACUGCCUUUUCGGCGUUGUCGGUGAUAUAUUAACGAUGGGCCCGACUUGGGUGCUGUCGUUGAUCACGGAUCUACUGGCGUUGAUGCAGAGCACGAGCCAAACUUUGCUCAUUAAAAUCGCGUGGGGAAGACGUUGCUCGAGGAACGACAAACCCGGCAAGGAGUUGAUCACCUUCCUGAUCGUCGUCAACAUCGCCCUAUGGACGGUGAACACGUUGGAGAAGUCGCGGGCGGGUGUCCGUCCCGAUCAUCUGCAGUUCUUCGGUGUCUGGGCGUGGACGAUCAUCACCCACGUAUCCAUGCCGCUCGCUAUAUUCUAUCGAUUCCACUCGGCCAUCUGUCUGUUCGAGAUAUGGAAAACGUGUUACAAGUGUCGAUCGACCAGCAUCGUGCAAACUCCGUUCUAACCGCGACACUCGGUGGUACCUCGUGUAAUUCGCGGCGUUUAGAAGUUCAGCGAACAACUGAUGUAUCCUCUAACGAGGCUGUGUUGCGUUGCAUACGUUCGCGGGGGUUGAGUAAAACUCAGCCGGGCGCGGCGAAAUUGCAUUACUCUUCGGCCAUACCUUUAAUUACCGGGCUAUUAAAAGGGCGGCGACGGGGCAGGAAAGAAGGAAGAAGAAGGAGAACGCAGCGGCGACCGAGCUUUCGCAAAUAACAACGUUACUGGGCAUCGGACGGGUGGGGGCGGCGGGGGCAAACUUAGCGCGGUGUCUGGCAGCCGGCCACCGCACGGGAACUUCUAAGCUGGCGGGCGCGAGACAAAGGGUAAAAGGGACGCUUCAAAGCUCCGUGGACGAACGGACGCGACGGCAUGGUUGCCGAAUCGAUAGAGUGGGGGCGGUGCGUACUUUUAUCGAUGUUAUACGGGGAAAAGACACGGUAACGGCGAUGGUGGACGUCGACAGUUUGAUACGGUUUACGGUAAACACAUUUCGGUAGCAAUCACAUCACGGGGCAAGCAAGCCUCGCUGCAGCGAGAAGUAGGUGAUGCUUCGGUGGUUGGAGGAAGCGAGCGAGCGGUCGGUGAAGAGGCUCUUAGCCAACCCUUUGUUGCUCCUGCCACCACUAUUGCUUCUACCGACCCCUCCCGCCGAUCCUCUGAACGUAGUGGAGGCUACACUCUUGACCAAAGGCCUCUGAUUUACUUAGCCUAUCGAGUGCUCUUGGACUCGUCCACCAAGAAUACCGUAUAUACGGCCCCGGUCGUGUACGUCGUGUACCGAAAUUUCGAACUUAAUGCUCCACUUACUGUCCUCCGACCUUUCACCAGUCGUGAUUCCGGGCUUCGAUUGCGAAACACCGUGUAAAUCAAUUUUCACGGGUAACCGUGGCUAGAUGAAACAACCAACCGGGUUCAUGCUAUUUAUUCUUUAUAAUUUUCUAGAAUUAUUUAUGAAAUGACUAACGAGGAGAUUCCCCGAAUUUCGCGUAACUUUGUUUCAGUAUAAUCAUCACGUUCGAAUACUUUUACUAUGUACACUUUCUUUUCUCGGCUAAUAACCAGAAAGUUUGUAUUUAUAUGUACAGUUUUAUUUAUCUCGUUUCGUUUGUAUCUAUGUAUCGAGUAAUCGAGAAUUCAGUGGUCUUAUUUUGUCAAGUUGAAGGUACAUAUGUAUAUGUUUGUUAGAUUUUGGAUAAUUUUUUUAGGAUUAAAAUUCCACAGGUGUACAAACUUGUCUAAGAUACUGUACAUAAAUAAACGAUAUUUUGAGAUACACGAAGCAAUUGUUCAGGCAUCGAUAAGAUAUUUCGUAGAAAGCGUAUGAAUCUUUGAAGAAAGGGGGAAGAAAGGAAGGUGUUAGCAUUACGUCACCAGUACCUAACACUCGCCAUAGCCUCUGUUUUUUUUGCGGAUUUAACGAGGAUUUACCGUUUCUACGAUUC